AGCUUUGUUCCUUACCGGAAGAAUUUCAUGGCGGUCCGUAUUUUCCCGUUGCCUUGGCAACCAGAAACGAGCUAGCUGUAGUUGCGGUGCAUUCUGUCGGGUUAUGAUGGACAUUCAGGAGAGAGAUCUGAUUACGAGAGAGGAGAAUAUUGCUGAGAUGAGAGACUUGGAUGAGGAAGAAUUUGCUGUCUCAAAAUCAUCAGGGGUGGAUGCAUUGUUUGAUACUAUAAUUGGGAACAUUGAGGAUAUCAUAAUGGAAGACGAAUUCCAGAAUCUUCAAAGAUCGUUCAUGGAGAAGUAUUACCUGGAGUUUGAUGACACCGAGGAGAAUAAGCUCAUUUAUACAUCCAUUUUUAAUGAAUAUAUUGAGCUCCUGGAGAAGUAUCUGGAACAGCAACUGAAAGAGCGAAUUCCUGGGUUUAACAUGAAUGACUUUACUCAUACUCUGAAGCAACACAAAGAAGAAGUCUCAGGGGAUAUAUUUGACAUGCUGCUCACCUUUACAGACUUCAUGGCCUUUAAAGAGAUGUUCCUUGAUUACAGAGCUGAGCAAGAAGGAAGAGGGCUGGACCUAAGCACUGGCCUGGUGGUGAGGUCAUUGAGAUCGUCCACUUCUACAGCAAUCACUUCCGCGACAGGAUCAGAUUCUUUCUAAACCAAGGAGCACCUCAUCACCCACGUCAUUUUAUAAUUUCCUCAGCCUGUCCAGCGAUGUCAGGGCUCGACAUUAACCGUAGUCCUACUCUCCAGGACAACCAAAUGUUUGGUCCAGACAAGUCAAAACUGCAUCUGCCUGUCCGACGGGACAAGUUGAAUAUUUGUUGAAAAUCACCAUUUUAAUAGUAAUUAUUCAAGAGUUACAUCAAUAAAGUUCCAACAAAACUAGUUCAAUCACCUCGCUCUAGCCGUGUUAUUGUUUAUGAAAUUCUGGGGAAGCAGAGUAUAGCAGGUGCGUAAUAACCACGUCAUAAUAUCUAAUUAUAGAUUAUUAGACUUUGAAUUCACUGAAAUCAGAGAAAUGGUGAUCAGAUACCUCAAUAAAAUAAAUAUCUGUGGUGAAAUACAUAGUAAUAACAAGGUUGUGGUCAGGACAAAUGAAAAAUCUUGUUGGCUGUCUGACUGGACAAAUGGAUUAAAAGGUUAAUAUUGAGCCCUGGAUGUAGUUUUUUUUUAUUUUAAAUCCGUGUUCUGGAGCCUAGUUUGCUGCCAUAUUAGUUUAAUCACUGGGACCAUGAGUUUGCUUUUGUUUAAUAUUUAAACUUGAUGUGAAUAGUUCCUUCUUUAAAGUGUACGGUAGCUCCUCACACAGUGUUUUGAAGGUUUACUCAGAGAUUCAGAUUUUCUUUCUCUCCUCUCUGUGAUAUUGUGUUACAAUACUGCUAUUUACAGGUGAAUGUGGUACCUGCACUCUAAAAAAUAAUGGGGCCAGUACCGGUUCUUCAGGGCGAUGCCAUAGAAGAACCUUUUUCAGGGCUUCAAAGAACCGUUCAUGCAACAGUUCUUUAAAGAACCAUUUAAACCAUUUGUUUGAGCAGUGAAGACAGAUUUGUGUAAACAUAGCCUAUGUGCAUUGACCAGCAAAUGGUAAGAGAAUGCCAGGAUCUGAAGAACCAUUUCCAAUGUGAAGAACCUUUCGUAUAAUGUAAUGGUUCAUCACAGAGUUUUGACUCUCCAUGGAACCAUCCAGAGAUUUGAAGAACCACUGAAGCACCUUUAUUUUUUAGAGUGUGCUGUAGAAAUAGCAGUGUGUGUGUGUGUGUGUGUGUGUGUGUUUUCUACUGUCUGAUGGAAACUAGCAUUUGAAAUAUAUUUGACUUUCAUAUCUUGCUCGGUUAACAAGAAGUGUUUACUUAUAUCGACUCAUCCCUCAUCAAUCAAAGGGACCAUGAAAAUAAAUAAGUGCUCCCUGUAUAGAAAGUACCAUGUACCAUGCCUUCACUGGAAGAGUUUAUGAUAAAGUUAUGAAAAUCUUUAGAACUUUUAUACAUAAUUUAAUCUCAUGGUUCUGUAAAUUUAUAGAUUUCUACUCCCAUUUUUAUCCAGUUCAAUUUGUAGACAAAUCCUG